AUGGCAUUCGCUGCCAUAAAUUCGUCUGCCCCGAUCGCCUCCAUUGAGGAGGCCUUCGCGACCGAACCCGCGCUGAAGAAUCGAGUCUACGAUGCGAUCGAUCUCGCCCGCUAUACCUGCAACCUGCUGGCCAGGAACGCGAGUACCUCCCUGCCGCCCGCGCUGGCCAGCGACGGCCCUGCCGCAAAAAAGCGAAAGCUGCAGAAUGGCGACACCACCAACGGGGCGACCGUACAGGCGCCAGUCGACCUGAAGGGUGAUGCGCCGAUUCAGUUUUACGUCCAAGAUAUUUCCUUCGCCGCGCCGCAGCGCAAGAAGCUCACGCUUGAGAUCACUGCCGGGAGCAGUUGCCUGCGGGCAAGGAACCAGACCACCAAGGAGGUGGAAUUCGGUGUUCCCUUGAAUCAAAUCCGACAUGCCCUGUGCCUUCCUGUACCGGAAAAAACGCAGAAACAGUUCAAUUUCUGUAUCAUCCCUCAGUUCGCUGAUGGGAUCACACCUCCACCAGAGGGGGAGACAUCAUACGAAGCCAUAGUGUUUGCCGUUGCCGAUGGGCCAGCCAAAGCUGCUUUCUUAGGCUCGGGCCAACAGGUCGGCCACAACCCUGGCGAGACGGCUGAGGCGUUGAUCCGGAAAGUGUUGAAUGACAACAUGGCUCAGACGAAUGUCAUUUGUCCUGAUGAGCGGCAGUUUGUGAGCGCCAUGCCCGAGCCACACCGCAAAAAGGAGAAGGCAUAUCACGUCAAGGCAUUCCGCGGCAGCAAAGAAGGUGAGCCGAUCUAG